CCAACGACCACAACAACUACUCCUACUACUUCUACCACAACCCCAACUACCACUACAACAACUCCAACGACCACAACAACAACUCCAACUACCACUACCACAACCCCAACUACAACUACAAAAACUCCAAUGACCACGACUAAUCCAACUACCACACCUCCAACUACCACAACUACUCCAACUACCACAACAACUACUCCAACUACCACUACCACAACCUCAACCACCACUACAACAACUCCAACGACCACAACAACUACUCCAACUACUUCUACCACGACCCCAACUACCACUACAACAACUCCAACGACCACAACAACUACUCCAACUACCACUACCAGAACCCCAACAACCACUACAACAACUCCAGCUACCACAACCACUACCACAACCUUAACCACCACUACAACAACUCCAACGACCACAACAACUACUCCAACUACUUCUACCACGACCCCAACUACCACUACAACAACUCCAACGACCACAACAACUACUCCAACUACCACUACCACAACCCCAACAACCACUACAACAACUCCAGCUACCACAACAUCUACUCCAACUUCCACUACAACAACUCCAACUACCACAACAACAACUCCAAUGACCACAACAACUACUCCAACUACCACAACCACAACCCCAACAACCACUACAACAACUCCAACGACCACAACAACUACUCCUACUACUUCUACCACAACCCCAACUACCACUACAACAACUCCAACGACCACAACAACUACUCCAACUACUUCUACCACAACCCCAACUACCACUACUACAACUCCAGCUACCACAACAACUACUCCAACUUCCACUACAACAACUCCAGCUACCACAACAACAACUCCAACGACCACAACAACUACUCCAACUAGCACAACAACUUCUCCAACUACCAAUACCACAACCCCAACUACCACUUCCACAACUCCAGUGACCACAACAACUUCUCCAACUACCACUACCACAACCCCAACAACCACUACAACAACUCCAACUACUGCUACCCCAACUACCACUACAACAACUCCAACGACCACAACAACUACUCCGACUACUUCUACCACAACGACCACAACAACUACUCCAACUACCACAACAACUACUCCAACUACCACUACCACAACCCCAACUACCAUCGAGACCUCAUCAUUUCCUCCGGAUGCAACACCACGGAUCCUCGCUCCCAGGAAUGACCUCAUCAAGGUGAUAGAGGGAAGUCGCGCUUUCUUAGAUUGCCGCUACUUCGGUUCUCCGGUGCCUGAGUUACGAUGGUCUAAAUAUGGACAGGGGAAUCUGGAGGGAAAGCACUUUAAGACCCACGGUAACGGGACCCUGGAGAUCAAAAAUAUCCAGAUAGAGGACCAGGGAACGUACGUGUGUGUCGUCAGCAACAUCGCAGGCCGGGAUGAAAGUCAAGUCCUGAUAGAGGUCAAAGCGGACAGCAGCACUCCUGUCACAACCAGCUGGAUGAAAGACAAGAAGCUGCUCAGUCUCGGCUGGAGAAUCUCCCUGGACGAGUCAAAUCUGGUCAUCACGAAUGUGAACCUAGGCGAUGAGGGAGAUUACACCUGUGUCAUCAAGAUGAAUGCCACCAGGGGAGAGGAGCUGCGAGUGGAGGAGUUCACUCCAAACGUAACGAGCUUCUCCCUCCGACGAUUCGACCGCUACACUCGAUACCGGUUCUCUGUGGCGGCGCGAACUCACCUCGGAAUAGGGGAAUGGCACACGGAGGAGUCGCAGCACUACACCACGGAAAGUAAUAUACUUAACAUGUCAUUUUCUACCAAAUGA